CCCCGAACUGUUCGACCUCAGUCACCGGAAUCAAUGGAGGAAAUCGCAUCUCUGGCGCCGACCCUCGCUGGAAUAUCGACGGGGAGUGUCUCAUCGCGUCGGUGACCUCGGAGAUCGCCGUUUUGUGGUUGAAAUAGGUGAAUCCUUGCGGACGUGAGGUGGUCCUCGGAUUCGGUCAUUUCUUCCUGGUGUUCGGGUUAUAGGCUGCGAUUUUUGAUAGGGUUCGGCAGUGGUAGGAGAUGGCGUGACUGGGGCGGUGCGCGGAGGAGGAAAGGUGGGGUUUUGGUCGGGAUCGCUUGAGCGAUGCCGUUCCAGAUGAAGGUUCGGCCGAUCGAUUCGGAAGGGGCGAUCGCUUUCGCGCCGAGAAGCGACCCGUGGAAGGCCGCGGCCAAGUCGAGGCUGAAGCGGCUCCUCGAGCGGCAGUUUCCGAGCGUCCUGAGGCCCUCCCUGGCCGAGAAGCUCGCUGGCUCCGGAGACUGGAGGGAGAAGGAGAGGGAGGAGGACGGUGGCGACGUCGAGCCGAGCUCGGUGUGCUUGGAUACGAUGGUCCUCAGCUUCAUUGAGAAUGGUAACCACGAGAAGCCGCCGCGGGGCCGCUGUAACUGCUUCAACGCCAGCUUCGACGACAGCUCCGACGACGGCUUCGAUGCCCGCGAUGGCGAUGCCUCGGGCUCCUCCUCUCCCACGGGAGACGCGGCCGAGUCAAUCGAGGUAGUUUCUUGCUCGAAAGUUUCGAUUUUGGGAGUUUCCUACUCGAAUUCAAACGCGUCUCGGCAAUUUGAGCAGGGUUUGGUACCCUGCGCGAGCGUAGCGGAGCGAAAUCUCUUGGCGGAUGCGUCAAAGAUCCUCGAGAAGGCGAGGAACUCGAAGAACAAGGACGUUUGCCGAAGGAUGGUGGUCGACGGGCUUCGAUCCCUCGGCUACGAUGCCGCAAUUUGCAAGUCACGGUGGGAUAAAAGUCCCUCCUUCCCGGCCGGGGAGUACGAGUACAUCGACGUGGUCGUCGACGGCGGUGACCGCCUCCUGGUGGACGUGGACUUCAAAUCGGAGUUCGAGGUGGCGCGGCCCAGCAAGUCGUACCGCGCGGUCCUCCAUCACCUGCCGUCCGUGUUCGUCGGACGACCCGAGCGGCUCCAGUCGAUCGUCGCCCUCGCGUCGGAAGCGGGGCGGCAGAGCCUGAAGAAGAAGGGCCUCCAUGUUCCGCCGUGGAGGCAGCCCGAGUACACGAGGGCCAAGUGGCUUUCCCCCUACCAGCGGACGACCGCCAUGGAAGCCAAGGAGGAGUCGGCGAGCGGAGGGGUGAAGAGCGGCCGCGGGGGCGGCAUAAUCCCCUGUUCGAUCUCGGCCGUCCAUUUUUCUGGCGACUUCGAGGAAUCCGGCGUCGGAAAGUUGGGGGAUGACAGCCCUGUUGCGACGGCAGUAGCAAAGAAGAAGACCGAGGUGGCAGCUUCGCCAUGGCGGCCGUCGCCAGCGAGGCCGACGGCAGCAGGGGUUAAGGCCAUUACCGGCCUUGCUCUGGUCCUCUAAAGAGAAACGAAGGAAAGCAAAGAAGCGUUUUUUCCUCUUUCUUUGUUCAGUGAGUAAUAUGUAUAAUUUUGCCCCCUUUUUUUGCCCAUAUAAAAGGAUUUUGUGAGAGUUGAUAAGAA